UAUAAUAUAUUUUUAAUUACCAAAGUUUCCAGUCUUAAUAUUUUUAAUGAUGAGUUUUCCAUUGGGCCUCCUAGCGGAUAUAAUAUACGUAAUAACACCAACUUAUUACCGUUCCACACAAAUAGGAGAUUUAUUACGUUUGGCUGCUACACUACGUUUGGUUGAUAACAUUCAUUGGAUUGUGGUAGAAGAUAGUAACAAUAUUUCCAGCGCUGUCAAAAAACUCGUAAAGGAUUCAACAGUAAACUUUACGUUGCUGAACUAUAAAACUCCACCUUCAGCAAAUCGCAUCCAUAGAGGCGUUCAUCAACGUAAUUUUGCUUUAAAAACAAUACGGUCUUUUAAAGUUUCUCGAGGGGUCGUGUAUUUUGCUGAUGAUGACAACACUUAUGACAAACGAAUUUUUAACGAGAUGCGCAAUACUCAAAAAGUUUCUAUCUGGCCUGUUGGCUUUGCAGGUGGUGUAGAUUUCGAAGGACCAGUAGUUCGAAAUAAGAAAAUAGUAAAAUGGAAAACUGGAUUUGCUAGAAAAAGAAAAUUUCCAACUGAUAUGGCAUCUUUUGCUUUUAACGUCACUUUUUUAAGCAAAUCGCCCAUGCCGAAGAUUCCUGACAACGCCAAGCACGGCCAUCUUGAAACUGAUUUCCUUAUGCAGCUCAUCAAUUCUUCAGAUGAAUUAGAAUCAAAAGCUGAAGAUUGCUCGAAAGUUUUAGUUUGGCACACAAAAACAAUGAAACAGAAAUUAAAUUAA